UAAUAAUCAGUAAUUAGCAUCCGUCUCGAUAAACUUAAUAAAAUCUGAGUCUCAAUUUAUUCAUUAAGUAAAAAGUUUUCAGAGAGAUAAAAUGCUGCUCUACAUUUUCCUUCUUCUGGGGACUUGGACAAGUGUGUUGGGAAAAGACGAUAAAUGUAGGGAGUCUCGGUAUCAUGUGUGCCCGUUACCGGAUGGCUGGGGUUUCCCGAAGACCAUGGCUGACCUUGAGCAAAUAUGCCCUGGAUUUAUACAAACCAUUGACUGCAUGAAAGACCAUUUAAAGAAAUGUAAUCCUGAAGAUAAUUUAAGACGAAGAUAUCUUCAAAAUUUAGGAGAUGUUACAAAAGAUGCUUGUGAUAAGGAUUCGCAGCUUCAUUUACGUAUCGUUCAAAACAUUGACUGUUUCAAUGAAGUAGUUCAAAAUGAUUCUAAAACCUGCUACAAAGGCAUUGAUAAGAAGACAGGAGAAAUGAUGAAACAUAUUCAAAAAACCGAGGCAGAAAAAGGCAUUAACAAUGAACUAUGGGAAUCAUUUCAGUGUGUGUUGUCCUCCUUCGAAGUACUUUGCUAUGCCACCAAAUCUUCUGAGAGAUGCGGAUCUGAUGCGGAAAAUCUUGUUCUUGAACUAAACAGAAGAUCAGGAUACGCACAUCAUUGUCAAUCCGCAAGCGGAGAAAGUCUGGCUGAGCUUUUAGCUCUUUUUGAAUUGGAACCUGAAGAUGAAGCUUCCUUAAAACGAAUUAUGGGCAGAGAAUAAAGCAUUUCACAUACCAUCUUAUACUUAUUGUAAUAGCGAUGAUCAUUUCUUUUAGAUUUUUGUGCUUUUUGAGUUGCAUCUGAAAUGGAGGAUAAAAGGCAAUUAUUGUUGAUGAAUUCAGUUAUUAGUAUUAUUAUGUACACAAUAAAAUGUUUUACUAUCUA